AUGUCAUCCGAAGCCCGCCUCUACACCUUCUCCGACGAAACAAAGACCAAGCUACGGAAAUUUCGCCUGGGCACCAGUCGCGCGCAGGACCCCCAGGCUGUCAUAUACGAAAUCGACAAGAAGACGCUGGAGAUACGGGCGGUGGACGAUGAGGUCUACGCCGAUGUAGAGAGUCUGGCAGAUGAGCUGCCAGAUCAUGCGCCGCGCUUUGUGCUACUGAGUUAUCCGCUCACCCUCGACUCUGGACGCCUCUCCGUCCCCUACGUCAUGCUCUACUACCUCCCCAUCACAUGCAACAGCGAAGUCAAGAUGCUCUACGCCGGCGCAAAGGAACUCAUGCGCAACACGAGCGAAAUUAUUAAAAAAUCACGUCUGAGAUGGGGGGGGGGGGAAGUUAUACAGUCGUACUCUUGGGUUUGGGCAUGGGGAGACGAGGGCUAUGGUCAUGUUGUAGACUUGGGCAAGGGAGACGAGGGCCAUGGUCAUGUUGUAGACUUGGGCAAGGGAGACGAGGGCCAUGGUCAUGUUGUAGACUUGGGCAAGGGAGACGAGGGCCAUGGUCAUGUUGUAGACUUGGGCAAGGGAGACGAGGGCUACGGUCAUGAAGAAAAGGGAAAAUUCAGGUUCAAUAGAGACGAGAAACAUGAUAGACACAGGGUUGUAAUCAAUUCUUGUGCAUUGGAAGAGUCUUGA